GAGUAACAGAAGAUAGCAAUGUUCUAUGUUCUCCUCCACAAGAUUGUUAUACUACUGGCCACCACUUCAGUGGUUCCAAACCUGGGUCCCCCUAGGGAUAGGCCUGAUGGAUAGGAUACAUAUUUGGCAGCGUUCACAGUCAUGGACAGCACCUGUCAGGUAACUAAACGUACUCUUUAGUCAUCUGAGAUGUAUGAAGCUCUUCCAUCUUCAAUCAAGUUCUAGUUUCACCUGACAAUUUAUCAAAUGUUCCAAGAGAUUCAUAUAUGGUAUUCAUGGUAUUAAGUUCUUGACUAAUGUUGACAAGUAAACAGACUAUUGUGCAUGUGACAACAUAUAAAUUGCCAAGAGGUUUGGAGGUUUGUCCAUGUUAUUUUGAGGAUGUAAUUUCUGUUUCAAGAAAUGAGCCAAACUAAUGGAGAAAAACUGUAAUGAAUAAAUGGACAUCUGUUCAUUCUGUGCUACUAAUUUGUUGUAAUUUGAUGAAGCAUAUAUAUUUAAAAAUAUGGUGGCUUUAUGGAUUUAAGAAAUAACAGUUUUUAACAUUUGUAUUUUAACAAAACAGUACUGAUUUUUAGAGGAAUUUAUCCAUAUUCCUUUGCAUUUAUUUACAACAUGGGCUUUUAAUUUUGGGCAUCUUUAAAAAUCUUAUAAUAAUGCAUCUGUUUAAAUGGACAUAUUUGGAUUUAACACAAUUUAAAUAAUCUUUUGAGGUAAUAAUUGUGUGCUCUAAAAUGGUGAUGAUCACACACACCCUAAAACAAAACACAGCAUUUGUUCUGUCAAACUGAGUGGAUUUUAAGCUUUUCUUCACAUUUCUACACAGUGAAGGUCCAAAAUGACACAUGCAGAGAGCAUAAAAGCUUUAAUUCUUAUGUCUAUAAUCAGCCCAGAUGUGCGCACACAGAGCUCUGACACAUCACAAAUCGAUCAUGUGACGUAUUUGGCUUUCUUUUCUUUCCUCUCUCUAUUCAAAACAUAUGAGAAUACCCAUCAAAAUACAACUAUUAAUGUGAGUCAAGCAGAUCUGAAUACCAGUUGAAGUCACUCCAGAUGCAUUUUGAUAGGUGUGACAUGAUGUACUUAGAGCUGUCCAUUUACAAUCAGUUCACCCAGGAUAUGUGAAUAUGCAGCCAGGUCACAUGAAAACAGUCAUGAAACAGAAACAUUUGCACUCAUGUUCAAAAAUACAUUAUUUUUGCAUAUCAUUCAACAUGUCUGUCAAAGUAAUGUAUUUCAAAAGGAAGUCAGGUUUGUGUGUCCAAAACUUUUUUUUUAUAGUCCAGGAGGCAUGAUAUAGUAAUCCAGGAAAAGAAUAUUAUGGUACACUAUAUUAUAACCAUGUCUGUUUUAAUGUUUGUUAUAGAUGUUUAUUAUAACCAGUGUAGGUGUUGAUGCCUCCAAAAGUGGCAUUUGUCACCUGCAAGUGUAUUCCAACACUUCUUUUAAGACAGUUUCACAAGAAGCUGCAACUGUGAUUCUGUGUGGUUAUUUUUUAAUUUGCAGUAGCACAAAAAAGAUCUUUGUGAACAUGAACUAGUACGUUUUUGUAUUUAUGAAAAUGCAUUAAAAAUUGUAAUUUCUUGUGCUCAAAGAUGGUUGGUGAUUCAUAUUAUGUAACAAUUAGUGUUCAUAAGAAAAAUAGUGAAGACAAAUAUUUUGAUGUUUCUUAUAACUUCUCUUAGUCUUGUGAGAAAACAAUCAAUCUGUCUGAUAAAGUUUAAUUAUCUAAACUAAAUAUGUCUUUCGUGCAGAUUCUUGUCAAAGAAGAGAAGCCUGAACUUUUGUUUUUUGGUGUUUUAAUGGAAGUGGCUGUCAUGCUCUACUCCUACACCUGUCUUCUGUUUGAACGUGCACGUGCAUUGGUACAGUCUCCAUGCACGCAAACACGCGUGUGCGAGGUGCUUAGCUUUGUAGACUCUAGGACCCCGCGGAAACGUACGGCAGCCUCUGCGGCUCGUGAGAGAGUGAGCUAGUCCGAAGAAACAGAGAGAGAGAGAGAGCAGCGGAGUGAGAAGACCCCGGUAGAGCGCGAGGAGGGAGAGAGAAAUAGUGAGCGAAGCCACCACCUGCCAUGCCGUCAAACAGUCCUGCUGCUGCCGAGCCGCCUCAGACGCCUGAGAACGACACCUCCAAUGAUCUGAGUGAAGAUGGAGCAGACCAGGAUAGUCCAGAGGAGGGGACACCAGCGAGUCCUCGAAGCAAGCGCAGAGUCGGUCGUCCCAGCAGGAAACGCAAACAGCUGCUUCCUGAGAUGGCAACCUCUGACCCCUGUGCAAAUGCUCCCCCAACUCCGCCCGAGGAGCCGGAGCCCUCACCUCGCAAGAAGCGCGGGCGCCGGAAACUAGAGCAGUCCGAGAGGAAUAAGGACGAGCCAGAUGACAGAAACUGUGACUCCCCUAGGGAGGGGGAGACUGGGAGACUGCGGAGGAGGCCAGUCCCCAGAGUAACUUUUCAGGCUGGAGAUCCAUACUACAUCAGUAGGAGGCAGAGAGAAGAAUGGCUCAGCCGAUGGAAGAUGGAGGCUGAGCGACGGGCGUACAGAGAGGCAGAGAUAAACAUGAUGGAUGACCUUUCAGAGGCCGACUUUCAAAAAGAGGAGGAGCCAGCAAGCCCAGCUCCUCCCCCUUCACAACAACAUACAGACCCUGCCUCUCCAACAGUAGCCGUUACACCAGAGCCGGUUGCUAGGGGAGACCAGGGCACUCCCAGUGAGAUUGAAUACCAGGACGGUCGGGGCUUUGUGAUCGGGGCGCUGGUGUUUGGAAAGCUGCGAGGUUUCUCUUGGUGGCCUGGACGGAUCGUUUCCUGGUGGAUGAGCGGCCGGAGUCGAGCAGCAGAUGGCACCCGCUGGGUGAUGUGGUUUGGUGACGGCAAAUUCUCUGUGGUUUGUGUGGAGAAGCUGAUGCCGCUGAGCUCUUUUUCAUCUGCUUUCCAUCAGCCAACAUACAACAAGCAAUCCAUGUACCGUAAAGCCAUUUUUGAGGCCCUGCAGGUGGCCAGCGUGAGGGCGGGGAGGCCAGUUCCUUCCUGUGAUGCGAGUGAUGAUGCAGAGGGGGUGGAUCUUCAGACCAGGCAAAUGAUAGAGUGGGCCAUGACAGGUUUCCUCCCAACUGGUCCACAAGCACUGGACCCUCCAGAAGACGAACAGAAUCUAUACAAGGAAGUGUACCCAGAGAUGUGGGCGGAGCCUGAGGCAGCAUACACACCUCCACCUGCAAAGAAACCACGCAAGAACUCAGCAGAGAAAGCAAAGAUCCGAGAGGUGAUCGAUGAAGGGACCAGAGAGAGACUUAUACAUGAGAUCAAAAAGAAGACCAGGAAUAUAGAAGAUAUCUGCAUUUCCUGUGGAAGCCUCAAUGUCUCUCUGGAGCAUCCUCUCUUUGUAGGAGCAAUGUGCCAGGGCUGCAAAAACUCAUUCCUGGAGUGUGCCUACCAGUAUGAUGACGAUGGCUACCAGUCCUACUGCACCAUCUGCUGUGGAGGCAGGGAAGUGCUCAUGUGUGGCAACAACAACUGCUGCAGGUGUUUCUGUGUGGAGUGUGUGGACCUGUUGGUCGGAGCCGGCUCAGCAGCGGCGGCCAUCAAAGAAGACCCCUGGAACUGCUACAUGUGUGGAUCCCGGAACACCUAUGGAUUGCUACGGCGACGGGACGACUGGCCCUGCAGGCUACAGCACUUCUUCGCCAACAACCACGAGCAGGAAUUCGAGCCAGCGAAGUUGUAUCCUCCAGUUGCAGCAGAGAAGAGGCAACCAAUCAGAGUCCUCUCCCUAUUUGACGGCAUUGCCACAGGUCUGCUGGUGUUGAAAGAUCUAGGCAUCCAGGUUGACAAAUAUGUUGCAUCCGAAGUGUGUGAAGACUCUAUCACUGUUGGCAUGGUGCGACACCAUGGUCGCAUCAUGUACGUUGGAGACGUACGCAACGUAACUCGCAAACAUAUUGAAGAGUGGGGACCCUUUGACCUGGUGAUAGGAGGAAGCCCCUGCAACGACCUCUCAAUAGUCAACCCUGCAAGGAAAGGGCUUUAUGAGGGAACUGGCCGGUUAUUUUUUGAGUUUUAUCGCCUGCUGCAUGAGGCUCGACCAAAACCAGGCGAUGAGCGCCCGUUCUUCUGGCUGUUUGAGAAUGUGGUUGCUAUGGGAGUCAGCGACAAACGGGACAUCUCACGCUUUUUAGAGUGUAACCCAGUGAUGAUUGAUGCCAAGGAGGUCUCUGCUGCCCAUCGUGCUCGCUAUUUCUGGGGCAACCUGCCAGGCAUGUCCAGGCCUCUGACACCGAUGACGAAUGACAGGUUGGACCUACAAGAGUGCCUCGAGCAUGGCCGCACAGCCAAGUUUGAGAAGUUGCGUACGAUAACGACACGCUCCAACUCUGUGAAGCAGGGGAAAGACGAGCAUUUCCCCGUCUACAUGGACAACAAGGAGGACAUUCUCUGGUGUACCGAGAUGGAAAGGGUGUUUGGUUUCCCUGUCCAUUACACCGAUGUGUCCAACAUGAGUCGUCUGGCCAGGCAAAGGCUGCUGGGACGUUCCUGGAGCGUCCCUGUCAUCAGACACCUCUUCGCCCCGCUCAAGGAGUACUUCGCCUGCUACUAGUCACACACCAACUCUCUCUCUCUCUCACACACACACUGAUAAGUACAAACAGUAUACAGGUAGUACAUGAAGGUUGGCUGAUGCAAGAUGACACAGACCGGACUUGCACACAUAAACACACACACAAGUAAAGGACUGCUUUCCCAGAUCUCGUGUAGACCACUGGCUGACCCUUGUCCCUUGGUGCUACCUUGCUGAUUUAUACACACAUGCAAGUGCAGGGGUUUCUGUACUGUAAGUCUACAUACACUCACUUCCUGUCCAACCUUGAAACUGAUGUCUACUGGCUUUACUGUCGUGACAGCUGGAGUUCAAACCUCCAGGGGGCGCAAAACUAACAGAGAUGCCCUGUUUUUAGUAUCUAAAUACAUCAACACACCAGUGAAUCCUUCUAAACCGUAACACUUAACUGUAUUCAUUUUUAGUAAUAGUGCUACAGGUAUACUACAGUGCAAUGAACACAAAUAUUUCCAAAAAUACACACAAACAUACCAGUUAAAGUUUGUGGUGCUGAUCAGGCUGUGAUAGUCAAAAUGGUGCCACUUAAAUACAACACUUACAGUUUUUGGUGCUCUUGGAGACUGAAUGGUCUCUGGUUGUUUCACUCGCUGCAGUUUUGUUUCCUAAACUGAGAUAAGACGGACAAUAAUAAGCAGGUAGAGGCAGAAAAAUAUCCAAGAGGGGUGAAUUCUUAAUACUAGUACAGUGUUCAGUGUGUUAAGAAGCUAAGGUGAUACAGCUCAGAUAAAUUUCUAUUAAGCAUUCUUUUGUGUGUGAGUGCAACUAAUCAGAUUGUAAUAUUUCAUUCAUCUCGAAGGAGGAGCUGCUCUUUUUUUAAGAAUAAUCGUGGCAGGUGAGUUUAAACCAAGUUACAACAAUGAAAGCUUUUUAAUUUAACCCCUUUUAUCUGAAAUAUCAAUUUACCAAACAGCAAGAAAAGCUAAGGCUCCCCUCGGCUGGGGAGGGGUUCGAAAAGUGGAAUUUGCGUGUUCUUCCCGUGUAUGAGUGGGUUCUCUCCGGCUUCCUGCUACCGUCCACAGACAUGCAUGUUAGGUUAAUUGGUCGCCCUAAAUUCCCUCUAAAAGUGAAUGUGGGUGUGAGUGGUUGAUUGUCUCUGUGUGUUGUCCAGUGAUAGACCUGACCUGUCCAGGGUGUACCCUGCCUCUUCCCUGCUAAUUACUGGGAAAGGCUCCAGCCCCAUUGCAUUCCUGAAUUGGAAUAAGUGAUAAAAAAAAUAAGAAUGAAUGAAUGAAUGUUAAUUUUCAAAGGCCUAGGCUUGUUUAUGUACAACAGGCUUAAGUAUUAUGGUGAGGAUGUAACGUCCACGUAUGUGGUGCCAGGUUGUAGGAGGGUAAAUAAACAAGUGGAAAUACAAACUACAUUUUUAUAUACUUUAAUUAGCUUUAGACAAGGCUUAGUAAGUGUUACACAACCUUACUCUUGUCUACAUCCUCAGUAUGUAAAGUGCCCCAAAGUUACUGCAUUAGUGAGCUUUAAAUAUGUGUAAUGCUUCUCAAAUUAUUGCUUUUUCACUUUUGCUUUAAUGAAUGUGCUGAAAAAGCCUGUUCACCCUUUAAUCAAUAAGUAAUUGGUUGGUAAAUUAGGGGGUAUAGAUGUCAUGAUACUGUACCAGCAUGUGGUCAGUAUGUUGAUGCACAUCUUUAAUUUUUAUGGUCAUUUACAUUUAGGAUCAAAACACAGUGAUAAAAGUAAUAAUAAGUUAUUACAAAUUAUUAACAUGCAAAUAGCUUUAAUUAGUAAGUAAAUGUUUUUAUAGACAAUCUUUCAAUCUCCUGUAAAUAUAUUACUUACUUUUGGAAGGACGGUUCAAUGCAUAGAGCGUACAUUUUAGAUUUUGAAGUAUUAUCUGUCCUUAUUUCACAAACCACUUAUUGAGCCAUAUUUUCCACUUCAUUUUCCAAACAAAAGAACUCACUCUUUGGCUCCAAACUAUCAGGUUUAACUCAUUUUGCCAGAUUUUUCUUCAUGCAGAGCAGCGCUGUCUCUGAGAGAUGUUUAAUUAAAAUAUGGAAGGACUCUGUAGACAUUCUGUAUCUUCCUCGAGGCAGCAUUUAAAGUAAUCUCCUGUUGUGAUGCAGCUUCUCUUGUGCCUCAGCUCUGGUGUUGUCCUCUUUUGGCCUGGUGAAAAUGUAAAAGUCCACCAUCCCUGGAGGAGUCACGCUUCCUUGUUGCUUCAUGGAGGAUCCAUAUUGUGCUUCAGUUACUACACUGCAGUGAUGUCCCCUGAAACCAGACAGACCUUUACUCUAGACACUAUGCUGGUUUUCUACUUCCUACGACUGAACAGAUGACCCUGUUUAAAUAACAGAUACUUCCUUAUAUAACACAGGUACAACUUAACAGCCUGUUUUGGGUAUUUCAUCUAUCUUCUGCCCACUACAUGCUGGGAUAAACUGAGCUACUGCUUAGCUCUGAGUAAGAAUAGGUGGUCAUAGAAAGCAGCUUCUCAUGAAGUAAGGCAGUUUUUCUUCUAUUACACACUCAGACACCAUAAUAGAAAUCCAUGUGCUUAUAUGUGGCUUAUUUAAACAGGGCUGUCUUUUGAAAAAACAUUUCAGUCUGGUGCUUGUUGUCCUCUGACAACCAUCUUUUCCAGGAAGCCUUCCGAUCCUCUGACCUUCCUCAGAUACCAGCUAACAACUGGAUGUGCAGUCUAUGCUGACACACACUCUCUCUGACACACACAGCACAAACAGCCUCUCAAGACAGCAGUUAACCAGCAGGUUCAAAGUUUUUCCAUCAUGUUUACUCUCCAUUUAUACAACCAACCUUCAGGUGCUUUUUAAACUCUUGCUCUUUUUUACAGUGCUUUUGCAGGUCACACACACAGACACACACUCAUCUCCGACUUUUUCGCGCUUCUCAUAACUCCUGCUCCGCUACAAAACACGCCUUCAGCACAUAUACGCAUACACACUGUGUUCUUUGCCGGCCGCCUGUUGCAGUCAGGCUUCCCAAGGUGCUGCUGGGUGUGACAUCAUCACCCUGCAUCGCUCGGUGCUCCUUCUCCCCGUCCAACACCCUUUCUUUCCAACCGCAUCCCCUUCAAACAACCCUCACCACCACCCCCAGGUGCUGCAUGUCAGUCAGUCAGUGUAAUCUCUGAUUCCAUGUUAGAUUAGGGAGUAAUUAUAAUAAUAAUAUGGUAAUAAUAAUUACAAUAAUCUGUUAUUGUGUGUGUGUGCUGUUCCAGGUUGGUGCUCAGUUCAGUUUCAGUCUCAGCCUACAGAGGGGAGAGAGAGGCUGGAGAAAGCAUAUAGUUAGUAUAGUGACUUGUUCUAUUGUACCCAGGAAUGCCAGAAGAAAUUGUAGAAACGAAGAGCUGCACAAUGUUCUCAGAUCAGGGGUGAGUUGAAAUAACAUAAAAGAGCUGAAAUCCACCAUUUCUUUAUGUGCUCCCAAGCCAAAUGGUUUCCUCUCUAGUGUUUAGGACCUCGUAAAAACUUGUGAAAUAAAUUAGAUUGGUCAAAAAUUCAUUUAGAAGAUAGGAACGUAAAACAGGAAGCCUUAAACAUCUCAACACCGGGAUCACCAUGAAAGCUUGUCCUGCUAUUUAUUGUUUGUGUCCUGUUACCAAACUGACAACAGACCAAUAAUGAACUAAUUCUAGUCGUUUAUGACCCAUCAAAUUGGGUUAAUGCACAUUUUUAAUACAGCUUAAAGAUAUUUUUGUUGUGUUGUACAGAAAAAUGUUUCACAAACAUUAAAAUCACUUAGAAAUGAGAACAGUUGUUCCUCUUAUCCAACCAAAAAACGUGUUAGUUAACAAACACCAAUAAAAAAUAAAUAAAUAAAAACAAGAAAAAGUCUGCUUGUUAAGCAAAGAUUAGAUUGUGUAUCUUUCCAUCUUUAUAUCAUCCAUGAAAUUUUGACAAGAAUUCAUUUUUACCUAAAAAGUCUUUAAUAUUUUAUUUCCCUUGAUAGACUCCAUACAUAUCCUGAGGAACCUGUUCUGACCCAAAAGGUGCGAUUUCAACCUCAUUUAAAAUUUCCAGCUUUGUUAUUUCAACUCAUAUCUAUCCGAGAGCGCAGCGGGACAAGUGAAAGAAGAAACGAGUUGACAUUUCUAAAUGAUGGGUGACACGGUGAUGAUGUUUCUGUUCGCCUAUCGACAGCUUUUAGGCUGAGUGAUGCGCUGUUUUAAACACUGAUACACUUUCAGACAAACACACACAAAACACUCUUAUUGACACAGAGCGAACGACGCUCGCACAGAGACACAACAUCUACAAAUACAAUGCUGUGGCGCAUGCAGACACUCAUCUCAUGGACUAAAUGAAAGAUGAGCUUUUAGGAAAAGGAGGACCUGGUGGUGUUUCAAAAGGUGCUAAAAUUUUAUCUGAAAAUAAAAAAAAUAUAUUGUUAGGACUAUAAAUCAAGUUUGUCUUUACAAUGACUGUAUUUAAGUUUGUCGUAGUAAUGAAAGGCACUAUUAUUAUUUUACUCUUGUAUGAAUAUGAACUAAUUAAAAAAGGCAUUUUAACUUUGUACUUGAACAAUGUAAGAAAUGAACCGUGAAUAAAAAAAGGACUGUUCCUUGUGA